AUGUGCGCAACUCUUGAGUUGCAUGAGCACGCUCGCUUCCCUUCUGGGUCUGAGCUCACUGGCUUUGUUGAGGUGGCAAUCACAAACCCCAACCUCCAAAGCCACCGCUGGAAGUGUGUAACCCGCCUCACUCGGCCGUCUGAGCUUCACAGCGAUGACAAGAAGUCGAGCGUAUACACCAACGAGACCGGCAUCCACCGUCGAGGCUGCAGCGAUUCCAAGCCUGACUGCGACUGCCACUCUCGCCCUCGUCAGGACAUCCAUGUUCCUUUCCCUGCUGUCGAGUGGGCUAGCAUCUUGAGCAUGGCUGUUCAGUACCCUGAUGUUGAGCACCAGCGCAAGAAGGAGAAGCGUACCAAGGGUGACGACCGCAAGAACCUCGACCGUGCUGGUAGCAAGCGCAAGCGCUCAGAGGACGACGGUGAUGCCGCUUCAUGGGCUCGCCGCGAUCUCACAGGCAGCGACCUCAUCUGCAAGGUGGCCAUGUACCAAGAGCUUUGGUCGUGCGCCCCCGACUCGAACCGAUGGGUUCGACAGGGCAUUGUGUUCUGGCGAUUCAACACAACUAACCAAUGGUACAAGUACAACCCAGUUUUCAAGCCCGCUGGUACCUCAUGGAGAUGGUUGACUGUCAACGAUCCCAUGUCCCGUUACCACCAGCAAAAGGCUCUCGUCUACCCUUCAGCCUCUAUGUCCCUAGACUCCAUCAUGUCUCCUACUCCUUCAAUCAACCAGCAUAUGACAGCGGCGAUGAACGAGACAUUUAGUUCUGCAUGGGAUCCCAGUGUGAGCCUGGCCCAAGUGCCAAAUGCCACUGCAACAAACAAUGGACUUACACUAUUCGAGUCCUUUUCUGGUGGCCUCGCUACACCUCCACCAACCGCAGGUCUACAAGGGUCGUACUCAGGAAGCUUUGACCACGGCAUGCCUCCAAGCACAGGUGUUGGCUUCAUCCCAUCUACAUGCAGCACAGCGGGUGAGAGCCAUCCUGGUACUGGUCAUGGGCACAGUCACAGCGCGGCUUACUACGAUGCGCAAACGACACUGGCAGAUCUAAAGCCUGUCAUGUCUACUGUCAACCCCUACCAGAGCCCAACAACAUCAUCAGGACUGGAUCUUUCAAGCUCCCUUGUCUAUGAUAACGCAGAGUGUGACACUGGCCUCCAAGGCUGGGACAUGCCGGCGUUGGACGGGUGGUCCACAGGCGCAGGAAGUGGAUCAGAAUGGGGAUCUCACCACAAGGUCGAGCCUAGCAGUGACCAGACAGCUCUAUGGACACAAUCACAAUGGGCACAAAUGGCGGGAGACCGUGACGGCAGCCCUCGACCGAUGAAGCGAAGGAGAGGGGAUGGCAUUGAUAGCCAUAUACCACCAACAAUGACAGCAGCAGCGGGAGGAUGGUGA